UUUGAAUAAAAAUAUAUGCUUGCAGAACCGCUAGUCUCCGUUCUCCUAAUAGUAGAAGACGAUGAAGAAGAGAGAGAAAAGCAUUCACCCGUCGACCUCGACGAAUUUGCGGAGGGAUUGGAAGGCCAAGGUUUCAAGGUCGACAAGAUCGAUAUUGACAGCAAGGCGAAAGUGCUCAAGAUGAAAUUGGAAAAGGGGGAGGCGCAAAGUAUAAUAGACUCGGCUUCAAAGCCGGAUAAUGAGAAGAAAUUCCGUCAAAAGAGGACCAUUUGUUUUAAAUGCGGUGGAGGAGGAGGAGGAUGGGGAGGAGGAGGUGGUUAUUAUCCUAGUGGUGGUGGCGGCGAAGGUGAGUUACGGUCUUAAUAGGAGAAGAA